AUCAAAUCACUCUCCUCUUCACGUCUCUUGCUAAUCAAGCCCUGACACAUGUUUAAUCUCCUUAAUUUCUGAUUAUUUCAUUUAUUAUCAUUAUUAUUUUUUAUUAUCUUUAUUUUUUUUGCAUGAACUCAAUUUCUACUCUAUCCCCAAAAAAACACAUUUUCUAUCACUUUCUUGAGAAAAAAAAAUAUAAGUUUCUGAAACACUGGAGAUUUUCCCGGUAAAGAAAAUUGAAAAAUGAGGUGGGAAAAGGUGCAGCUUUAUACCCAACAAGCUCAAGAAUAUGCUUGCACUGAAAUAUCAAGUUCGGGGCCCGGCAAGAGAUGGGGUCACACCUGUAACGCUAUUAAAGGUGGCAGAUUUCUCUAUGUUUUCGGCGGUUAUGGCAAAGACAACUGCCAGACUAACCAAGUUCAUGUUUUUGAUACUGUUAAUCAGACUUGGAGCCAGCCAAUGAUAAAGGGCAUGCCACCCACUCCACGGGACAGCCAUAGUUGUACUACUGUUGGUGACAAUCUCUAUGUUUUUGGUGGUACUGAUGGAAUGAACCCUCUUAGAGAUUUGCAUAUAUUGGACACUUCUUCACAUACAUGGAUAUCACCCAGUGUAAGAGGUGAAGGACCAGAGGCACGGGAGGGUCAUAGUGCAGCCCUUGUUGGUAAACGGCUCUUUAUAUUUGGUGGUUGUGGGAAGUCUUCCUAUACUAAUAAUGAAGUAUACUACAAUGAUCUUUACAUACUGAAUACAGAGACAUUUGUGUGGAAACACACUACAACAUCAGGCAAUCCCCCAUCUGCACGUGAUAGCCAUACUUGCUCAUCUUGGAAGAAUAAAAUUAUCGUGGUUGGUGGUGAAGAUGGACAUGAUUAUUAUUUGUCAGAUGUCCAUAUCCUUGAUGCAGAAACUCUUACUUGGACAGAGCUGAAAACUUCAGGCCAGAUGUUGCCACCUCGAGCUGGUCAUGCCACGGUUGCGUUUGGAAAGAAUUUAUUUGUAUUUGGGGGAUUUACUGAUUCCCAAAAUCUAUACGAUGACCUCUAUAUGCUUGAUGUUGAUACUGGUAUAUGGACAAAGGUGAUGACUAUGGGUGAAGGGCCUUCUGCAAGAUUUUCUGUGGCUGGUGACUGUUUGGAUCCCUUGAAGGGUGGGGUUCUUGUAUUCAUUGGUGGUUGCGACAAGAGUCUUGAGGCUUUGGAUGAUAUGUAUUACCUAUACACUGGACUUGCAAAUGAGCGAAAGUUUGAGAAUUUAUCACUAAGGAAGCAGUUGAAGUUAAAAUGCCUGGAACAAAAUCUUACUCCUGUAAAUGACAGGGCUCUGGUUAGAAUUGAAACGUUCACUGAUGUGCAGCAACCCAUGCCUCUGUCAAGUUAUGGCCAGCCAAGAAGAGAGAGUUACCCAAUAUAUGAAGCUGUUGCCCUACAUGGAAAGAAAACAUUUCAAGCUAAGGUUACUGAAAACCUCCCGCAUGGAUAUACCAUUGAAACUAUUAUAGAUGGAAAACCUCUUCGUGGAAUAUUAUUUGCAAACAAGCCAAUCCCUUGUGCCCUCACAACUAAUCAUAAUCCCAGUGGUAAAAGGGCUGCUGGGGAGGGGGGUUUUAUGUUGAAUGGUGAUUGCAACAGCAAUUCAAGAGCUUCUAAAAUUGUAAAACAUGAUGCAAUGGAUCACAGACAAGAAGAUGGUCUCACCGAGAUGGAAUUCACAUCACUGGAGACAGUGACUGCUACUGCUGCUCCUGAUAUGAAAAAUCUGCCACCUUCUGAUUCUUCUCAGACUUUUAAGGAGCCAGUAUGUCCAGAACCAUCAGUUGCUUCUUUGAAUUUAGACAACGAUAAGACUACUGAUAUACCGAACUCUACAGCUGAAGUUCCUUCAGAGACAAUUCAAUCCUUAGAGGAUUCUGCACUUAUUUCCCCAAAACCAGAUGACCCAGCAUCCACCAACGAAGGACAUGGUGAUCCAGCGCAAUCAAUUUGAAAAGUAAGACAACCUUUAACUGUUUGCAAUGACUGCCAAACAAGACUACAAUACCAACCACAAGCCAUUUGUACAUUCAAGUUUCAAGUUGGUUACUUGCAUUCAACCUGUCAGAUACAGAAUCAGCUAACUGGUGUGAUCUGCCACCUGCUAACACUCAUCCUUCUGUCAUUUUACCAACCAAUGUGCACUCUUCUUCUUAACUUAAUUUACUAAUUAUUUUAAAGCCAUGAUUGACUAGUUUGUAUGCAGUAAGGCUUUUUUUUUCCCUUUUCCGACUAGUUAUCUUUUUUUUUUUUUUCCGAUUAAUGUUUAGGCAGAAUGAGAGAAUUCUAUUGCUUUCAAGCAAAAUACAGGGAUCUGCAAAUUAUCAGAUUCUGGCGUGCUUUUCCUACUCUAAUGAUAUGUAGCUCGAGUAAUCCUGUUUUUAUGAAAUUUUCUGUAUAAGAAUUUUUGUUGCGUGAAGGUACAAAAAGUUAGAAGCUUUUGCAUUAGGUUUUUCUCUC